AUGUUCUCAAUUGUUGACGUUCCAUUCUUACAGACAGGACUUGGCAAUUUCUUAUCUGCUCAUGCAGUUAACAUUCAUGUUACAAAGCACCAUCAAGCCUAUGUCGAUACUGCAAAUAAAUUAGUCCCAGAAUCAGAAUUUGCAGGUCAAACACUUGAACAAAUUAUCAAAACAUCAACAGGAGCUAUUUUCAACAACUGCUCUCAACAUUUUAACCACUCUUUCUUCUGGAUGUGCUUCAGUUAUAACAUUUCAAAUCCGAGUGACAAAGUUUUGGACUUUUUCUCCAAAGCCUUUGGAUCAUUAGACAAAUUCAAAGACACUUUUGUUAAUAAAGCAUCAACAAUCUUCGGCUCUGGCUGGUGUUACCUUGUUUUGAAGCCAGAUCAGACUGUUGAAAUUAUUCAAUAUUCAAACGCAAACAAUCCAAUCAAGGAUGGAUACUUCCCAAUUCUUUGCAUUGAUACUUGGGAACAUGCCUGGUAUAUUGACUACGAAAAUAGAAAGGCUGAGUACUUCAUGAGAUUCUGGAACUACGUUAGCUGGGAUUUCGUUGAGAGUCGCCUUCAAUUAGCCAAAAUCAUUUAA